ACAUGAAAACAGAAGUGACAUUUGGUCAGGGGGCUGCAUUUCACUAAAUGCUGUAUAUAUGAACUUUUUCUGGGGUAAUUGUUUAAAUACUUACCAAAUCUAUAUGUGCCUUACUUGUUCCUCGUUUAUGUCGUGGUAAUUCCCACUGAGGCCUAAAUUGACUAAGAACAGUCUCUAUGAGGAUAUCCAAACUUGUUUCUUUCCCAAUGUCUACAGCUGUGCUCUAAGGUCUGCUAUGAAAUAUUUCCGUCUCUUUCUGUAACUGCAAAACCUCAGACUCAACACACACUCAGACCAGUCAGCAGCGUGGCAUUGGAGCUCCACUACCCAUGUGAGUAAUUCAUAUUUCUCCAUGCUUACCCAGGACCUGAGACCUCAUGGGUGUCCAGGGUCUGACCACUUACGUGGAGGGGAACAGACACUUCCUUCAUGAUGUGAAGUUCAGGGACAGCCGCCUGGUUAUUGAUGGUUGCAGUCUGUACUUCCGCCUCUACUUUCACCACGGUUUGGACCAGCAGCAUGGAGGAGACUAUGAUGCCUUCGCCUGUCUUCUCAGCCAGUUUCUGUCUGCUCUGGCAGCCUGUAACAUUCAGCCAUAUGUGGUCCUGGAUGGAGGUAAAGAUGCAGUACAAAUAAUAAUAUAAUGUAUAAUGUCAAUGCUCCCAGAAGUUUGCAUCUUUUGCCAAUUUGAGUGACCAGUAGUUUACUAUUUGUUAAAUGUCUGUGUUAAAUAAAUUGUUUAUGUUGCCCUUAAAGUGCAAAAGCACCAGGAACUUUUAGUCCCAGCCAGGCCCUACAUUUCUGUAUGUGCACAUGGAAAAAAAAAACACCACCUACUAUUUGAGAGGGAAAAACUUUAUUUGGGCCUCAGCUGCUGCAGUGGAAAAGCAAUGUACACCCUUUAACCUUAGAACAUUAAUGCUAAAAUUAGUAACACCAUCACUAUGGGGAUUUUUACCCGAAAUAAUAUACCCAAGAAACAGUACUUGUCAUCAAAAUAUAUCAAAAUACGACAAUACAUGACAAAUUAAAGUAGUUUCCUUUUAUUUUGAACUGUGAAAUGUCCAAAGGGAGGGAAAAAAAUGCCAUGAGGGGACCAUAUAAAAAUGCAACAAAAUAACUGAAAUUCGGCAUUCAUGAAAAAAAAAUUCUUAAAAAAAAAUUAUAUAGAAACUGUAACCUUAGUUUAUUUUCCACCCAUUCCUGGGGCAUGUAAGUCUUCCCUGGUGAAGACUCAGGGUCCUUGGCACAAUAACAGCUGCAGUAGAGAGAACCAAAAUAUGGCAGAUUUUGAGUGAGUAAAAAUGACCAGCUGACUAUUUCUUAUCACAUAUGAAUUCCCUUUAAAAUCAUUACUUUGUGAUAGUUAUCUAUAACCACUGCGCUAAAUGAAGAUAGUAUGCAAAUUCCAGGACCACUCUUACUGACCUUAUUUGCCUACAUGCAGCUAUCAAAUCCACCCAAACCUACUUACUAAGCAGGUUUUGGAUCAGGGAAACAAAUCUGCCUUCAAAGAUGUCAAAGGCAAUUCUGAAGCUACCCAGGGAUCCAUGAUACUCAGACAAACGCAAUAUAAUGAAAAUCACGUAAACAUGUUUGGUCGGGUGAAAAUCACCUGGUGAUAGUGUUCUAGGGUUCAAGUUGCUGUAAAAAGGUCCUGCAGGGUAACAGGACUUCAGUUUGUCUGCAGAUAUAGGUGAACACCCUCAAAUGUUUAAUUGCUGUUACUUUUUUGUGAUUAUUAGGAAUUGAUCCCAGUGAUAAGAAGUUUCCAACUCUGCGUCAGCGCCUGCAGUCCAAGAUAAAGGAGGCGGAUGGGCUCUCUCGUGGCCGUCAUGGCUCCGUCCUUCCUCUACUCUCGAGGGAUGUGUUUAUUCAGGUCCUCAUGCAGGGAGGAGUUCCUCUGGUCCAGUGUCCAGCUGAGGCUGACUGGGAAAUCGCAUGUUUGGCUCACCAGUGGAACUGCCCAGUUCUGACCAAUGACAGUGAUUUUUACAUCUUUGACCUGCCAGGUGUGGGUAGCAACAAAGUUUAUUUUAUGGUUUUUGAUAAGCAAAUAUGGCUUAAGUUUGCUGUGACUGUACAAAUGUUUUUUUUUUAAUCCUAGGUGGCUACCUUCCACUCAGUUCUUUCCAGUGGACCCACCUUAAUGGCAAAGCCUCUCAUCGCUACAUCUCAGCUCGGCGCUACACUACAAACUCACUGUGCGGCUUAUUUGGGGGAUUAAACAAGGAAUUGUUACCUCUAUGUGCUGUCCUGACUGGUAAUGACUAUGGUACUCCAAAAGAUGCAGAUAAUCUCCUGGCUGUGAUUGAUAGUAGAGCGUUAGGGAGACAUGGUAAAGGCAGAGCGCAUGCUUCCCGCAUUGACAACAUCCUCCUCUGGCUGUCCACUUUUUCAAGUCCAGCAGAGGCCCUGGAGGAGGUGAGCAGGCUGAUGGGAGAGGACAGCAGAGAUGGAGGUGGCAGGGGCAAGAAAGGGCUCAGUUCAAAGCUGUGGGAGGGGAUGCAGGAGUACUACCUCACCCCUCAAAGCUCUCUGGCGCGCUGGUUCUCCAGCAAAGCACCGCCUGGAGGGCUGCACCCCGGGCUGCCAGAGUGUCUGUCGCUAGCUGCAGCAAGAGGUAUGUUGCCUCCCUUGGUGGUGGAUGCUGUAGUGAUGCGCAGAGUCCUUCUCAUAUCUCAAGUGGAGAACAGCAAGCUAGCAAGCAGCCACUGCUGUGCCAAAGUCAUACGCCAGGCGGUGUAUGGGAUUUUACUGCAAGAUGCACAAGUGAGAGAUAUGACAGUACAGGGUAGGGGAGGUGGGAGAGGCCGAGGGGGAAGGGGGACUGGAGGUAGUCAAGUUGGUGGAGGGAGGGGACAACAUAGUGGGAGUCAAGCAGCAAGUGCGACUACAGGGCAAGCUCAGGGUUCUGGAUCUCCAGUUUUUGUGGAGGAAUACGACCGUUUUGACCUAAACUUGAAGAAAAACCAAGUGGAGGCACAUUCAACCAGGACCUCCAUACACGUGCAUACGCUUGGACAGGUAAUCAUGAAAAGUAUGAUGUAAUUCUUUCCCUUAAACAAAAAGCGCAUAUAGAUCUACAGGACAAAAUUGACUAAUCUUAAUUUUAGUGAUUUAAUUUGACCAUGCCCAGCGUAUGAACUCUUUGCCCUGGUGGCCCUCAUCAGAGCAGCUUUUAAAAUCACAAUGGCCAUUAAUCCAAAUACUCUAACCAUUUUCCCAUCUUCCCUCUAUCCAGGCUCCUGCAGCUGUUCGUCUUGCUGUCUUAUUAGAAGUCUUGGGCGCAAAGGAGUCCUCGCUGGCUCCUGUUCCUCUUCACCUAAAUCUGGCUGUAGCAGUUACUGGCUUCUGGCUGCGAGAGGCAAAACCACCGCCCUCACAGUCCCAGCUCCAGGCUCUGGUGCUUGGGUUUGUUCACGGUGAGCUGGCCUGGAAUAACCAGCCUGGAGCUGCUUACUACCAACAUGCCGGUUAGUUGCGAUCUAACGUCCCUCUUGAUUAUGAAACAAUAAAAAACAAACAAUGAUUUGGUCUCAAUAAUCUAAAACAUGUUGUUUGUGUGUGUUGUCAUAGUCCCACAGCUGAACUGGGCUGCAGAGCGCCAUGUGUGGACACGUCUGGAUAAACAGCGUGUGAGGCCAGGGGAGAGACGGGGCCUGGACAUUGGUGCUGCUCACAGUUACAGCAAGUGGCAGGCCUGCCUCUGGAGUGCACUGUGUCUUAAUCAGCUAUUGCUGCUGCCACUGCCCGAGCCCCACCUGCCAUGGUAAGGACAUAAAGGAAGAAAGACAGUCCGCAGUGUUGACCUGUGAGAAUCAGAGCUGCAGAAAAUGACGUGAUUUCAGUAUUAUAGCCUGAGGACACGACUAGAAUCCAAGUGAUCACUAUGCUUCUUCUGUCUGCCUAAAGAAACUCAAAUUUGGAGGUUUUAACUCACCAAUUUUGCACACCUAUCCUACAUUUUCAGUGUUUUUUCUAUUCCUUUGUGUGCUUCAGGUUAUUCAGUGGUACCUUGGUGCACGGUCUCCUCCAGAAACUGACAGGUGGCCAAACUCCUGAAUCCCUCAUUGCCAGUGGUGUCUUAUCUGCACAGCUCUACUCCUGCCUGCUGGAUGCUGUGUGGAACUGCAGCUCCAGAGCCAAUCCCUCCUCUUCAGCAGGAGGAAAGCGGGGGAGAGGCAGAGGUGGAGGCAGAGGCCGAGGAGGGAGAGGACGAGGGAGAGGAAGGGGAGGAAGAGGAAGGGGGGGAAGAGGAGGAGGGGGGGGAGGAACAGAGGACAUUAACAACAGGUUUGCUCUUCUGAUGAGUGAGGACGAGUAUGAUGAUGAUUGAGGAGGCGGCAGCGAGAGGAGGAGCAGCUUUGGGGCCAAAUGAGGCAAGACGUUCCAGUGUUUGAUAAAAACACUCAGGAGAUGUUAGAAAACAUCAGUAUCACAUAAAAACAGCACGUCUACUCGUUAACUACAGAGCUUUUUACAAUUUUAUUGCACUAAUUUUGCCUUUUUCAUUCGUUUUCAACAAGCUGUCUGAAAUGAAGUAAUCAUAUACUAUACAUGUUGGAUCAAUUUUCCUAAAGCAGUCUUUACAUAUUUUUUAGCAGAUUUCAAGUUUUAUUCAGGAAAGUGUCUGAAACUAAAUAACUUCAGUCUGACACUUUCAUUCAGCAAAUCAUCGUCUUAUCAUGUCUGUUGACCAAAAGUUGUUCGGCAGCUACUGUUAUCAUAAUACACAACUUAUUAUCAAUGCCUCGGUACAUAUGAAUUUGGUGCUUAAGCUUACUCCAUUUAUAAAAUAAACAAUAUCAAAUUCA